AUGAAAAUUCGGCUGGAAGGGAUUCGUAAAUUGGCCACAUCAGACACCGAAAGACGCCGACGGGACUUUGACGUCGGUUCACCGUCCCGCCACUUCGAUGACUCUGUGCUGUUUCUGAACCAAUCUCCUUCGAUUCCGGUGAAAAAGUGGUAA